AUGAUGGUUGCUAUGGACUUCGACUUGAAUAUGUUACCAGUACCCGAAGAAGAAGAUAAGCAAACUUUGGAAAGUGAUCAAGAACAAAUUUCCACGAUGUCACCGAACCUAGAAAGAACGCCAUUUGGGGUGGAUAUAGCACGCAACGAGAAUCAAGAGAGACAUAAACGAAUGAGACUAGAACAAUGUGCAGAUAGAUCAGAACUAGUGCAGAUGCAAACAUCCAUAUCCCAACCGCCUCCUGCACCACGAACUCGACCAGAAAAUUAUGCCAGGUCUCAUGACAUAUCGAAGCUACCUUCUGGGUGGUUGGAUUGCCCCCCGUUUGGUCAAGACAUACAUUGCAUGAUACCUUCUAAAGUGCCACUAGAUCAAUCCUAUAAUCGUGAUGUUCCUCCUGGUAAAAGAUACUCAUUCAAGCAAGUUUUUAAGAAACAAAGACACCUGAGUAGGAAACUAGGGUUGGUGAUUGAUUUGACCAGCACAUCGCGUUACUAUCCAACCUCUGAUCUGGUGAAAGAGGGUAUUAGGCAUAUCAAGAUUCCAUGCAAGGGGCGCGAUUCUGUACCCGAAAACCAUUUGGUGAAUAGGUUUGUCUAUGAGGCCAUACGAUUCGCAAGGAUGUACCCAAAUAGGUAUAUCCUUGUGCAUUGUACACAUGGACACAAUCGAACAGGGUAUAUGAUCAUACAUUACUUGAUGCGGACGCUACCGAUGCAUACAGUCAUUGAGGCCAUACAAACAUUUGCCAAAGCGCGCCCACCGGGUAUAUAUAAACCCGACUACAUUGAUGCUCUAUACUCAUUCUAUCAUGAAAGGAAGCCUGCAGAACUUGUAUGCCCACCAACGCCCGAGUGGAAGAGAUCUUCAGAAUUGGUUCCAGAUGGUGGCAUUCAUCAAUGUUCAGCAGCUCAGUUGAAUGAAAGUCAUCAGGAUAUGGAUACAGAUAUAAUGACAAAUGAUGAUACCUUGGGUGAUGAGAUACCUCCUGAACAGCAAGAGGAGUUGCGGUUGUUCUGCUGCCAAACUCUUAACCAGCGCGGGAAGUAUGUAAGCUCGAGAUUCCCAGGGGCACAUCCAGUUUCUCUCGGCAGAGAAAAGCUGCAGCUGUUGAGGCAGAGGUACUACUAUGCGACCUGGAAAGCUGAUGGGACACGAUACAUGAUGUUAAUAACCAAGGAUGGCUGUUACUUAAUUGAUAGAAAAUUCAAUUUUAGAAGAGUUCAAAUGAGGUUUCCUUGCAAACGCACAAAUGGUUUAGCUAGGAAUGGCCACCACUACACGUUACUAGACGGGGAGAUGGUGAUUGAUACUGAGCCAGGUUCACAGAAGAAGCAGAGAAGAUACCUAAUUUAUGACAUGAUGGCAAUCAACAACUGUUCUGUGGUAAAGUUACCUUUUCAUAAACGGUGGAAGAUGGUUGAGGAAGAAGUAGUUCAGCCCCGGAAUGAGCAGCGUCGAGUUCACCGAAGUACGAAUAAUCCUAACUACAGAUAUGACUUGGAACCAUUCACGGUGAGGAGGAAGGGGUUUUGGUUGCUCCAUACGGUUGAGAAGCUUCUGAAAGAGUUCAUUCCAAAGCUCCCAAAUGAUGCAGAUGGUAUUAUCUUUCAGGGUUGGGACGAUUCAUAUGUUCAGGGAGCAGAUGAAGGCCUUCUAAAAUGGAAAUAUCCUGCUAUGAACUCAAUUGAUUUUCUAUUUGAGGUAGGUGGUGAUGGCCGGCAACAGCUGUUUCUGAACGAAAAAGGACAGAAUAAGCUAAUGGACGGAUAUAGGAUUAGGUUUAAUGAUAGUGUAGAUUCUUUUUAUUUUGGAAAAAUUUUAGAGUGUUCUUGGGAUUCUGAGACAAGAGAGUGGGUCUAUAUGCGAACUAGGACUGAUAAAUCCAGUCCAAAUGAUAUCAAUACCCACAACAAGAUAAUGCAAAGCAUAAAGGAUAAUAUCACAGAGGAGGUCUUACUAAACGAGAUAAAUAAGAUCAUUAGAUUGCCUACAUAUGUUCAUAAAAUACAGAAAGAUAGCAAAGCAGCAGAGAAGCAGACGAGUUCAGCAAGGUAG